CGGUUACUAUGGGUGCAAUACAUUCGAAGACAAAGACGAGCUCCAGGAGGCUAUACAGUGGCUCAAAGAGGAAGGGAUGUAUCAUUAUCCCUGUGAUCCGAAGGCUCGCACUUUUGACGGUGGCAAACCGUACCUUCAUCCGAUCAUUGAGUCGGCAUUCAAGCAAACAUUGUUUUACAAGAGGCGGAGCUUCGGCAACGCUCACUGCCUGGAUCUGUUCGAAUCAUCCCUUCCUGAAAAGCCUGAUGAGAAGGAACUGCCGACAGGCGCAGUAGCUCUCAUUGCGACUGCGGUUUACGCAUCCUUGAAUGACUGGUCAUCGGGUGAACAGUCGGUCUCGAACUUCGAUGGUGAAAGCUUUACCAAUGUCUAUGCUCUGCACACUCAAGUGCUGGAGACCAUCAAGAAGAAGAAUGCGAAGAAAUACCAUGUCCUGAUGCAUGGUCUUCUCAACAGGAUCAUCGGCGUCAAAGCAAAGGUUAAGAAUGAGAAGACUACGGCGGUCGAGAAGGCAUUACGCCUCGUUGAUGUGGAUGCUAUGGCGGACUCGGAUUGACUCGGACUCUCGGAUUGACUCGGACUCGGACUCGUUCAUUGAUCUCCUACUAUACAACCACUUUUAAUGUCAUGAUGGUGCCCAUUGGCAUCUCUGCAACGG